CGCCGCCGCUGCCGAGCCCAGCAGAGCUGCGCUCCCCUCCGGUUCUCCCUCCGACUCCCGCUCCGGCUCCAGCUCCGGCUCUACCUCCGCCCUGGCGGUGCGACCCCGUCCCGGGCGAGGCCCCGAGCAGCCGCACACCGUCAGCCCCGUGCCCGCCGCGCAGCCCGGGCCCGGCGUGAUGGGGGCCGCCGCCAACCGGAGCGCCCACCUGGGGCCCGCGCCCGCCGGCCGCCCGUCGCGCGCCCUGCUCCUGCUCCUUCUGCAGCUGCUGCUGCUCGUCGCGGCCCCGGGGACCGCGCAGGCCCAGUCCGCGGAGUUCCCGGAGCUGUGCAGUUAUACAUGGGAAGCUGUUGAUACCAAAAAUAACAGAGUUUAUAAAAUCAACAUCUGUGGAAAUGUGAAUAUUGUCGAGUGUGGGCCAUCAAGCGCUGUUUGUGUGUACGACUUGAAGACAGACAAGUAUAAAUCAGUGGGUGACUCUCUUUUGAAAAGUGCAACCAGAUCACUUCUGGAAUUCAAUACGACAGUGGCCUGUCAGGACACAGGCAGAGACCACAGGGUCCAGAGCAGCAUUACCUUCCUGUGUGGGAAAACUCUGGGAACUCCUGAAUUUGUAACUGCCACAGAAUGUGUGCAUUACUUUGAGUGGAGGACUACUUCAGCCUGCAAGAAGGACAUUUUUAAAGCUAAUAAAGAGGAUUAUCACUGCUGAAAUAUGCAACCCACCAAGCCUAAAGCAUUUGCUGUGUGGCCCUUGACAGAAGCUGAUCACUGUUCGUGUGCCUUUAGGGCAGGAGUGGGGAAGAUGUGCCUGUAUUUUCUCAAACUGAGAAAGCUGAUCUGAAGACACAUGAGAAAUGUUAGUAAUUUGUUCUCAGUUACUGUUUCUUUAGGUCUGGUUGGUAGCU